GAUCUUCUUUGUUCUGCUUGCAUGGCAUUUGUUGGUUUUCGAUAACGCCCCUCUUUUGUUUCGUGCUUGUUACCGAACGACCCAGCCAACCACCAGGGUAAACCUCGUAUGCAGCUGCAUGCAGAGCUGUGCGUCUUGCCUCACCUCACCUCUGAAUCACUUCAACCGCUUCAAGUAUUGCCUGCACCACCUCCCACCUUACAGCCCUCACCUGCUCUCACCUUGCAUUCUGAACCUGUCAUUCGUCAUCAUCAGCAGUGGGCUCCCCCUCACGCUCGUCCACCCCAUCACUACAGUUACCUAAACGGCACACUCUGGAUAAGAUGCAUUCAACUAACGGUAAAGAGAUCAGAGAUAUCGAGGCGGACCUCCGCGGUGCCGACUCCCUUCCCACAUCCUUUCCUGACGAGAAACGACCCUCAAGAAUCUCGAGAGAAGAGAAGAGCAGCAGAAUGCCUUCCUUACGAAGUGUCUUCUCUUUCUUCCUUAUCCUGUCUCUUCUCGCUAUCGGCUUUGCUACUGCGACGUCGAAGGCCGAUCACACUGCUCAGGAUCUUACCUCAGUCCCCUCGGGCGAAGGCCAGAAAUUUCGAGAAAUUCUUGAGGCCGUAGAACCCGCCGCUCUCCACGACUUUCUCCACGAGCACUUGGCAGACAAGUACAAACAUGGUGUCUAUCAAGAUGACAAGGCUGCCCUGGAUACCCUCCACAAGCAGAAUGCGGAAGUUGCCCAGAGCCUGAUUGAGUUGGCAAAGAGACAAGCUGCCACUAGUAAUUCGACUGCUGGAGCCUCUUCUACAAGUGCAACAGCGGCGGCCUCAACAGAGUCUACUACUCCUUCCAGUUCGGUGCCUGUUACUUCGAGUUCGGCCCCCACAGAGAGCUCGCAAUCGUCCGCUGCGGCGACCUCCCAAACCUCUGGAACGUCGGCAUCGCCAACAAGUCAGGAAUCAACCUCUGCGACGGCUUCUCCUUCUCCCACGACUCAGUCGACAACAAGCCCGUCAACCUCUACUCCUACAGACUCGGCUUCCACCUCUGGUUCAUCCUCCGAUUCCAGUUCAGUUUCUAGUUCCGAUUCGGCUUCGAGUUCCAGCUCGCCCAGCUCUUCGCCGGUCACAAGCUCAAGUGCUCCAUCUUCGACAACUGAAGGUAUGUAUCUUGAACCCGUCAGCAGCCUCCUCCCAUGAUUUACACGGAUAUAUCUUU